AUGUACUCCCCCGCUAAACUCUUUGUUGCCGCCAUGGCCCUCACCACCUUUGCCUCAGCUAGCCCUGUCGCUGAGAAGAGCAACGCCCAGAGUCUCGAGGCUCGUGGUAGCUGCUUCGGAUACGCCAAUUAUGCCGCUUGUGCUUCUGCUCGUCGACGCUCUUGUCCUCACGGUGUCGGACAGAACCAGUGCUUCACUGCCGCUUCGCGUGCCUGCCAGGAGAACUGCUAA